UUCAUCUGAUGCAGGAGUGUGUGUCUGAUUUUGUGGACGUGGUUUGCAGGACUCCGAGUCCAUGAAGAGGGCUCUGGCUCAGAUCGACUCCAAAAUGGCCCAGGCCAAGAACUGGCUCCGAGACCCACACAGCCAGCCAGGUGACCCGGGCGAGCAGGCCAUCCGGCAGAUCCUGGACGAAGCGGGAAAAGUUGGUGAACUCUGCACUGGGAAAGAGAGACGAGACAUUGUGGGAACGGCAAAAACGCUUGGACAACUUACUGAGCAGGUGUCCGAGCUGCGGGCCAGGGGACAGGGAGCGAGUCCGGUGGCCAUGCAGAAAGCACAGCAGGUGUCUCAGGGUCUGGACGUCCUGACCGGGAAAGUGGAAAAUGCGGCUCGUAAACUAGAGGCCAUGACCGGCUCCAAACAAGCCAUCGCCAAGAGGAUCGACGGCGCUCAGAGCUGGCUGGCGGAUCCUCACGGUGGUCCGGAGGGAGAGGAGAACAUCAGGGCUCUUCUGGGAGAAGCCAGGAAGAUCGCGGAUCUCUGCGAAGAUCCCAAGGAGCGAGAGGACAUCCUGCGCAGCAUGGGCGAGAUCGCCGGCCUCACCGCCAAACUCUCCGAGCUCAAGAGAGCAGGUAAGGGAGACACUCCUGAGGCUCGAGCGCUGGCGAAGCAGAUCUCCUCGUCUCUGCAGAAUCUCCAGUCUAAAACCAGUAAAGCGGUGGCCAACACUCGUCCGGCUAAAGCAGCCGUCCACCUGGAGGGGAAGAUGGAGCAGGCGCAGAGAUGGAUGGAGAACCCCUCGCUGGACGACAGCGGCGUCGGUCAGACUGCCCUGCGUGGGCUGGUCGCUGAGGGCCGGCGUCUGGCCAAUGCUCUGCCGGCGUCACAGAGGCAGGGGCUGCUGGGUAAAUGUGAGGAUGUGGAGCACCUGAUGGGGCAGUUAGCGGAGCUAGCGGCGCGCGGGGAGGGAGACGGUCCUCAGGCCCGCGCCAUCGCUCAACAGCUGCAGGACACACUCAAAGAUCUGAAGGGUAAGAUGCAGGAAGCCAUGACUCAGGAGGUGUCUGAUAUCUUCAGUGACACAACCACACCGAUCAAACUCUUGGCAGUGGCAGCGAUGACUCCAGCAGACGCUCCCAACAGAGAGGAGGUGUUCGCGGAGCGGGCUGCUAACUUUGAGAAUCACGCGGGUCGACUGGGAGCCACGGCGGAGAAAGCGGCGGCGGUCGGGUCGGCCAACAAGAGCACGGUGGAGGGAAUCCAGACGGCCGUCAAAUCAGCCCGAGACCUGACCCCACAGGUCGUGUCUGCGGCUCGCAUCCUCCUGAAGAAUCCUGGAAACCAGGCGGCUUACGAACACUUCGAGACCAUGAAGAAUCAGUGGAUCGACAACGUCGAGAAAAUGACCGGUCUGGUGGAUGAAGCGAUCGACACCAGGUCUCUGCUGGACGCAUCAGAAGAAGCCAUCAAGAAAGAUCUGGACAAGUGUCAGGUGGCUAUGGCCAAUCACCAGCCUCAGAUGCUGGUCGCCGGGGCAACCAGCAUCGCCCGGCGAGCCAAUCGGAUCAUGCUGGUGGCGAAGCGAGAGGUGGAGAACUCAGAGGAUCCCAAGUUCAGAGAGACAGUGAAAGCAGCAUCAGACGAGCUCAGCAGAACCAUCUCACCGAUGGUCAUGGACGCCAAGGCCGUGGCCGCCAACAUACAGGACCAAGGUCUACAGAGGGGCUUCCUGGACUCGGGUUAUAAGAUCCUGGGCGCCGUGGCUAAGGUCCAGGAGGCGUUCCAGCCGCAGGAGCCGGACUUCCCUCCUCCUCCUCCUCCGGAUCUGGAGCAGCUGCAGAUCAGCGACACCGCCGCUCCUCCCAAACCGCCUCUUCCGGAGGGUGAGGUGCCUCCUCCCAGACCUCCGCCGCCGGAGGAGAAGGACGAGGAGUUCCCGGAGCAGCAGGCCGGAGAGAUGGUCAGCGAGCCCAUGAUGGUGGCCGCCCGGCAGCUGCACGAAGAGGCUCGCAAGUGGUCCAGCAAGGGCAAUGACAUCAUCGGAGCGGCCAAGCGCAUGGCUCUGCUGAUGGCCGAGAUGUCUCGACUGGUCCAAGGUGCCACCGGGAAUAAGAGAGCGCUCAUCCAGUGCGCCAAAGACAUCGCUAAAGCCUCGGACGAGGUCACGCGCCUCGCCAAAGAGGUCGCCAAACAGUGCACAGACAAACGCAUACGAACCAACUUACUGCAGGUGUGUGAGAGGAUUCCCACCAUCAGCACACAGCUGAAGAUCCUCUCCACGGUGAAGGCCACUAUGUUGGGACGCACCAACAUCAGCGAGGAGGAAUCGGAGCAGGCCACAGAGAUGCUGGUUCACAACGCUCAGAACCUGAUGCAGUCGGUGAAGGAGACGGUGAGAGAAGCCGAGGCCGCCUCCAUCAAGAUCCGCACGGACGCCGGCUUCACCCUGCGCUGGGUCCGCAAGACGCCCUGGUACCAGUGAGGGAGGAGCCAGCGCUGAUAUCCCAGCAUGCACUGGGGGAAGCAUUACAGUCCAGGUCCACUGUGUCAAAGCAGACGUGUCGUCCACAUCUGGACUCAACUAUUCCAAAUCGAAACCUUGUUCUUGAACGACCAUGAGUUAGAAAAGAAGGGACGCAACUUUUUUUUCUAAUGUUUUACUUUGUGUUGACGGAUCCCAGGUUGAUAUUUUUUGAGGAAAAGGUAUUUUAGAAAGGUCUUAUUUUCUUUCUUUUUUUUUUUUGCAUUCUGAAGCCGUGUCCUUUAUAUACAGUACACACACCAACAGCCUUGUUCUCACUCUUUGAAUGUAUUAAUAGAUGUCACAUGCACAAACUAAUGCAAUGUCUUCACAAACAAAAACACAAGCACAGAUUUUGGAUUAUGAAAUCCUCUGAUAUGCAAAGUGUUCACUGUGCAUCUAAAUUAAAUUUUCGUUCAGGGGCGACGCUGCAAACUCUAACACAAGUACUGAAAUGAAGAGAGAAUCAAACCUGCGACCUGGUGCUUCCUGUAAUCUCUGCCAAAGCAGUCCGUUUGCAUGAUAUAACCACACACACACACACACACACACACACACACAUGCACUGCCGUCCUCGUACACUACUACAGAAAGCACACUCAAGUAUAUUUAUCUGAGUGAGAAUCGGCUCUUUUCACAUCUUUGUCUUUUCUAUCGUUGAGGAGAGCAGCAGGCUUGAUGUAAAUAAUGUGUUCAUCUUUAAAGUCUGCCUGUAAGACCUGAUGUGCCUUGUCAUAAUAAAAGAACUAAUUAUCAACUCAGUC